AUGUUAUUUUAUUUAAAGAAAAUUAAUAAUUUCUUGGGAUUAGAGAAAUCAUUAGUCGGUAAAGCGAUUUGCGAGAUGCAGGGGCUGGUGAGCGAUAAGACGUUCCACUUGAAGUGGAACAACCACCUGCAGAACUUGAGCCAGCUGUUCACAACUAUCUACUCGUCGUCGGCGCUCGCGGACGUGACGCUCUCCUGCCGCGACGGGACCCUCAAGGCGCAUAAGCUCGUGCUCUCAGCAUGCAGUCCGUAUUUCGAACAAAUAUUCAAGGACAACCCAUGUCAACAUCCAAUAGUGAUCUUGAAGGGGAUACCAUUCUCAGAGAUCAACCUCCUUGUAGAGUUCAUGUACAAAGGCUCGGUAGAUGUUCAAGAAUUGGACCUACAGUCUCUAAUGCACACAGCAUCAGAACUAGAAAUCCGAGGGCUUGCAUAUGAAGCAAGAGAUAAUGCAGCGCAAUUGCUCAAUGUUAACUUGGAGUAUCCAUCAUACCCAUCCACCACUGCAACAGCGCAACCAACAGCAGCAUAUUCACAAGCGAGGACAGAUGUCGAGAGAUUGAAGCAGAUUCACAUGUAUCAACAAUCCAUGAUGCGUGCUGAAGAGAUCCGAAGACGCCGUCGAGAAGACCCUCCAGGCACCCAUACGGCAGUCAACAACAUCUUGGCUGCCGCAGCUAGAGAAAUGGAAGAGGCUAUGCACGCUUCUCGCAGCGGGAGUGUUGUAGCCAGCAUACAGACUGAACAUGACCAAGCCACAGCAGCUGCCGUGGCAGCAGCCGCCGCGGCUUCGUCAUCGGUCCAAGCAUCGUCCACAUCCGACAACAAACGCGAGAGCGAAGAUGAACGCCCCAAGAAGCGUGCUUCAAUUCUAUCCCCUGAUGAUGACAGACUCAGAGCCAAGAAGAAACCGAUGACUGUUCGCUUCCAAGAGGAUAAUAAGACUGAUGAGCGCAAUAAGGUCACGUCGCCAGGUGCUACCAGCAACGAAUCCAGCAGGCAUGAAGAGUCCAAGCUUGGGGGCAUUAAAGUUGUCCAACUGGCCGUCUUACAGAAACCUACCCAUAAUGACCAGGACGACUCGGACGGUGAGGGGACAUUAUACAUUGAAGAAAGAGAGAAAGGCAACAAACACGGAUUGGAUGACGACGAGGAGACAGAUUCUAGCGGCUCGGUGUCGGACUCGGCCGCCAACGACGCGCAAGAGGGCCGCCCUCACGUUUGCGAUGUCUGCGACCUUAGGUUCCAGCGCUCGUCGCACCUGACGCGCCACAAGCUGACGCACACGGGCGAGCGCCCCUUCACGUGCGGCGGCUGCGGCCGCUCCUUCGCGCGCUCCGACAAGCUGCGCGUGCACACCAAGAUCUGCGAGCGGGAGGACCCGACGGUAGACAUGGCCAACGACAUGGCGCCGAGCAAGCGCGAGAACAACUCGGAGGUGAUGUCGGGCAUGGUGCGCACGACGCACCGCGAGUCGGGCCACCUGGUGUUCACGCCGGGCGGUGACGUCAUGCUGCCGCCGCGCGCCGCGCCCAGCGCCAGCCCGGUGGUGCUCAACUCCACGCUGGAGCCGGUGCGCAACGAGAUCCACGCCGACAACCUGCUCGACCCGCCGCGCCGCGGCCGCGGCCGGCCCCGCAAGACGCCGCUGCCUUUGACCCCUAAGAUUAAGAAGAAGAGGGGUCGCCCGCCUAAGACUUCCAUGGACAUGGAAGGUUGUGUGUUAACCAGCGGCACCGUCAUGGGUCCCAGCCCGGCACAGAUCCCACACAUCACUCCAUCUGGACAACAGCUACUUCUUAAGAGGAAACGUGGACGACCCCCCAAGAACUAUCUCAUCCCGCGGCAAGGUAUGGAUAUGGAUAUGUCAAUACCGAUCCAGUACGGACUUGCGGCAGAAUUGAACAAGAUUUAUGGACGACCCAACGAGAACUACAACGCAACAAACUUACCAUUCGGCGACUUCUCCUACCUGACUGAAAUGAUCUACAACCCGCUAGCCUACAGCAACGCCUACGGAGUGACCAGCGUCGACCCCGACCGCAACGUUGACACCGACCAGAGCAUCAACACUGAGACUUCACACGACAGAACUAUCGACGUAUCGGACUCCUCAUCAGACGACGACGACUCUCGCGUCGAGCCCGAGGAAAAUGUGCCUCCAGUAGCCAUGGAAACGCAGAUCAUGACGGUCGGAGACUGCCAGAUUGUCAAACUGCCGCCGAAUAACGAGGACAAAGAAGAAAAGUUGGAGCAGGUCGUGGAGACGAGCACCGUCUCCUCUUCUACCCCCAGCUCCGUCACUAUCACCCCUAUCACCACUGUAGGUGAUUGUACUAUAAGGCCUGUCGAGAACACAUAA